UACGGAACAAAUUCACCGCGGACGGGUGUUCACAUAAACUAGUUCCGGGUAUCAACAGCUUGGUGGCUAACGUUAGCUGAAACGCAAUCUCCACUCCUCAUUCUUCUCCAAAGUGGUUCCCUUUCAGGGGAAAAAGUAAUUCCGGACCAGGAUGGACGGUGAAGAGAGAACCUACGGAGGCUGUGAAGGGCCAGAUGCCAUGUAUGUGAAGCUCAUCUCUUCAGAUGGCCAUGAAUUUAUUGUGAAAAGAGAACACGCCUUGACAUCUGGGACUAUCAAAGCCAUGUUAAGCGGACCAGGUCAGUUUGCUGAGAAUGAAACCAACGAAGUGAACUUCAGGGAGAUCCCGUCUCACGUCCUGUCCAAGGUCUGCAUGUACUUCACCUACAAGGUCCGUUACACCAACAGCUCCACAGAAAUACCUGAGUUCCCCAUCGCUCCGGAGAUCGCACUGGAACUGCUCAUGGCUGCCAACUUUUUGGAUUGCUAAAGUUACAGAAAUAAUGUAGCAGCUUGAAAAAGUUUUAGAUUUUUUUUUUUGAAUAUUUAAAUUGUUUUGCCAUUUACUUCUAUGAAACACGAAUGAAUACGACACCAUGAGGCGUUUGUUCAUUUUUUUCUUUCUUUUUUUGCACCUGGCUUUCUGUCAUUAUUUUAUUAGUAAUAAAGUAAUAAAUUCAUUUUAAUGUAAUAAAUGGAAAUGGCAGGGUGCAUCACUUGCCCCCGAAUGUGAUAAAUGUUCCCCCUUCCCCAUACAUCUUUCCUCACCUCUCCAGUUGAAUAAAAACCUGUUUGGUGAGCACA